UCACAGGUCUGAAGCAUAUGACCCCAUAGGAAGUAUCAGGAAGCAGGCACACUGAAUGUAAAACAUGGAAAACCGGGCAAACAACACCCUGUCCGACGAAAGUGCGGUGAACUGCCCCAUUUGCUUGGAGAAGAUUCAGAGAAGGAAAACUCUUAGCUGUCAGCACUCUUUUUGCUCGGUGUGCAUCGACUCUGUUUUCAGGCUUAAGCCCGCAUGUCCGCUAUGCAACACCUUCCACGGAGUUUACAUGGGGACCCAGCCACACGGUGUGAUGGAGGUGACCAAAAGCAUCAUGAAGCUGCCAGGCUUCGACAACUGCGGCUCUAUCGUCAUUCAUUACAUUUUUCCAGCUGGGGUACAAGGGCCUGAACACCCAAACCCGGGAGUGAGGUAUAGCGGCACCUCCCGUGUUGCCUACCUGCCAGACUGCACAGAGGGACAGAAAGUCCUGAGGCUGCUGAGGAAAGCGUUCGACAGGAAACUCACGUUUACCAUCGGGCGGUCGGCCACCACAGGACUGAACAACGUCAUCACCUGGAACGACAUUCACCAUAAGACCAGCAUAGAUGGAGGCCCACAGCACUUUGGCUAUCCAGAUCCAGGGUAUCUGUUCAGGGUUCAAGAAGAGCUUCGACUCAAAGGCAUAACAGAAGAUGACUGAUGUUGGAAGCCAUCUUUUAGACGGCCUUAUUGCUACUCCUGAUAACAUUUCCAGUUGCAAGCCUGCUCUUUUUCUCAGAAAUGUUCACAACUGACAUUUGUAAGAAUUUUUUUUUUUUAUAUAAGUUUGCUAAAACCGAGGUAAAAGUUUUCCUAAUUAUUUUCUUCUGCUUUACUUUUGCAUAAUCUCCUUAAAGCCAAAAAAAACAGGAGAAGUUUGUUGAUUUAAUUUUAUAUCUGUUUUUUUAGUGUCUUUUAUUAAAAAAAAAACAUUCGGUACCAUCCGCAUGUAUUGACACUUUAGGUAAAGAUUUGCUAAAAGAGUUUAAAAUAAAUAGAUUUUAUGUUACAUUAUAAUGAAACCUGCUUCCGUUUUGCUUUAAGAUGUUUACUUGUAGCCAUUUACUGACUAGAGGAUCAACACCUCUUUCUAGCUUUAAUAGCAGGCUUUGUUGUCUUUUUCAUUUUGAAGAGUAAUCCCAGAUGCUUUUAUUUAUUUAAUAAAUGGUAAAUGGCCAGUAGGCAAUGCAGGUGAAGUGUCUUGCCCAAGAACACAAUGACACUGAAAGCCGGAGCCGAGGCUUGAACCGACAAUUCUCCAGUGAUAAUAUAUAAAUGGAGAGUUAUGGUUAGGCAAAUAUCUUUGGCAGUAAGAUGUUAAAUAUACCUUUGAUACUGUUUAAUGUUGUUUUUCUUUGCCAAUCAUUCUUGCACAUCCAAAGCCUUUAAGAUGUCAUAAAUGUGUUGCUCUUUUCCAGCUCCCUCAUUCUAAGUAGUUGGCAGACAUCUUUCAUUAAUAGUAUACAUGAGCAUAA